UAAGAAAGACGGUUUUUACGUUGAUUGUAUCCAAAGUCAAUAACCGGAAAUUAACUAAAACAGCAAUGAGGCUCAUUGGUCCUACAUUAAGAUUCGUUACUGCUCUAAUACGACUCGUAAUUGCUUUGGAGAACACGAUCGCCAGUGUAAACUUUUGUUACGAUUCAAGUUUUGAAGAAAUACAAUUUAAGUUGCCUAGUGACAGAAGCGUGCAAGAUGGCUCUCGGGAUGGAAAAUGGCAAUAUUAAUGAUAGUCAAAUCACGGCCUCAAGCGAACUUGAUACAAAACAUCGGGCGGCUAAUGCAAGAUUGAAUUUUACACCACGAGAUGGAAGAAAUGGGGCUUGGUCAUCCGGGAAAAAAGAUCUUAAUCAGUGGCUUCAGGUUGAUUUCCAAAGAUCUACUCUGGUCACAGGAAUCAGUACCCAAGGACGCGAAAAUAAAGACCAGUUUGUUAAAAAUUACACCGUUUCUUUCAGCCAAGAUGGGAAUAAUUUUCAGGAUUACACACAAAAAGGAGCAGUCAAGGUAUUUAAAGGCAACAUUGACAAGAAUUCCAUCGUCCAUCACCACCUUAUGCCACCUAUUUCUGCUCGGUUCAUUCGCGUUCAUCCAAUGGCUUUCUAUAAAUAUAUUUCGAUGAGAGUAGAAUUUUAUGGAUGUCCUGCUACAUAA